UAUCCUGAAAGGUGCCACCUUCUUUCCAGUCCUGAGAGUUCCAGAUUGUCUUAAAGUCUGAAGACAUCAGCCACCUUCAGCAUCUGUCCCAGCACAGGAAUGCUCUCAGUAUUGGUCACCGUGGGCUUUCUCUGCACAGCCACUGCCAUUGCUGAAGUAAUGGAGGUGACUCAGCCAGCAAUGGUACUGGCCAACAGGCAAGGAGUUGCCAGCUUGGUGUGUAACUACAAGCACAUUGGGAACGCAAAGGAAAUUCGAGUGACUCUGCUUAAACAGAUGGGUGAUCAGUUCACUGAAAUUUGUGCUUCAACCUACACAACAGAGUUUAAAACGUUCACUGUGGAAGAGGUCAUUCAGUGCCGGGUUAGCCCUAGCCGAAACAACGUGACCCUCACCCUCACUGGCCUGCAAGCCAAUGAUACUGGCCUUUACAUCUGCAAGAUGGAGCGGAUGUACCCUCCACCCUAUUUCAUGAAUAAGGGAAAUGGGACACAACUUUAUGUCAUUGAUCCAGAACCUUGUCCAGACACUUCCAUAUCUCUCUGGGUAUUAGGAGCUACUGCCUCAGGAUUUUUUCUUUACAGUAUCAUCAUCUCAGCUGUUCUCACAGGCAAAGCGAUAAAGAGAAGACGAUGUCUCACUACUGGGGUCUAUGUGAAAAUGCCUACUGAAAAGCUAGAGAAAAAAGUGAUACCAUUCCACAUCACCGUUAACUGAAACAAGGAAAGAGAAACAAUUUCCUAGCUUGGAAUUCCUAUCUAAUUCAAUCAAGUUAGAGAAAGAAAAUUUUCUUAUUACAAAGAUACAUGGGAAGGAAACAGAAUAUUCUUUUUAACUUCCAUGGUUUGGAAGACCACGCAUUAAUAUUUCAAGGUUAACCCUGUCACAUAAAAAUGGCUACAUUAGGCCAUUGAUUCUUUGAGUUGUAUUGUACCAAUAUGUAGUCUCUCUCUAUAUACAUAUAUAUAGCAUGUAUAGCAUUAAGAGCUAUUGCUGUUGCAGCUGAGUACCUUACUGUCAAAUUUCACCGUAUCUACUGACCAACUGAAAUCCAAACACUAUUAUGACAGAGGCUUGUGUGUCAUUGCAAGGCUCAUCCUAUAGGUGUAGGGCACAGAGGCAGAAGAGCACACUAAUGUACAAAAGAAUGUUGACUUGUUUCCUGGCACUGCUAUUUAUUGGUCCCAUUUCUGUCAUUAGUGCUCUGUGCUUCCACAGAGGCAUCACUGUGGGUUGGCACUGAUGACCCCACUGCUACAAAAGCCUGAUCUCAUCUCCUUUCAGUGGCAUUGUGUCCCAGCA